AUGUCCAACAAUGAGAUCAUCACCAUUGAACAGAAUGACGUUACCCUUUACAGCUCUUUCCAAAGCCUGAAGAAUCAGUAAGUGGCUUUUCUACAUCUUCUUGCUAAUGCCCAUUUUACCGUGCACUUGACAUAGCAUCUCAGUAUCUUUUCUAUUUGUCUGAAAGUUAAAGAACUUGAAGGCUAUAAUAGUCACUGUAUUCGAAAUAUCUUUCACUGCCACCUAUAAACAAGUAACAAGCAUUAUCUUCUCAUUUUAGGAACAGCAAUUUGAAAACCCUUCUGGCCAUAGGUGGGUGGAGCUUUGGAACUGCACCGUAAGUACUGUAUGUAAUAAAUUAUAAAUUCUUAACAAAGAAAUUAGAAAUGUCUGGAUUAAAAUGUAAUCUUCUUGUUCCAUUACUUUACAGAUUCACUGCCAUGGUUUCCACUGCUCAAAACCGUCAGACAUUCAUCACCUCUGUGAUCAAAUUCCUGCGUAAAUAUGGAUUUGAUGGACUGGACUUCGAUUGGGAAUAUCCUGGCACCGGAGAAAGCCCUCCGAAGGACAAAGCACUCUUCACAACUCUGGUUAAGGUAAGCAAAGCUUAUUCUAGAAGUAUGCUAGAGAAAUCUAAACCAUUACAUUCCAGAGUUUUUAUACACACACAGUUUUUCCAACAUGAAAUUCCUCUACUAAAUAUUUUACAAUAUUCAAGGUUGAUAUCAAAAUGUAUUAUUUAAAGGGACACUAUAGUCACCAGAACAACUACAGCUUAUUGAAUUUGUUCUGGUGAGUAGAAUCAUUACCUUCAGGCAUUUUGCUGUAAACACGGUCUUUUCAGAGAAAAUGCAGUGUUUACAUUACAGCCUAGUGAUAACUUCACUGGCCACUCCUCAUGUGGCUGUUAGAGAUCCUUCCUGGGUCAUGGCUGCCUAAAAUGAAUCCAAACAUUCAGUAUCUCCUCCCUCUGCAUGCAGACACUGAACUUUCCUCAUAGAUAUUUAUUGAUUCAAUUCAUCUCUAUGAGGAGAUGCUGAUUGGCCAGGGCUGUGUUUGAAUUGUGCUGGUUCUGCCCCUGAUCUGCUGCUUUGUCAGUUUCAGCCAAUCCUAUAAGGAAUUACUGUGAUUGGAUCAGGCUACCACUUCUAAUGAUGUCAGCAGACUGCUUGUUUUUCUGAGGCAGACAGUGGCAGAGCCAGCAGCUUCAGGCUUGAAUACAGUAAGAUGUUUACUAUAUUUAUGGAGGCAUGAGGGGCUGGGGCUGGAUGGUGGUUUUAACACUAUAGGGUCAGGAAUACAUGUUUGUGUUCCUGACCCUAUAGUGAUCCUUUAAGGUUAAAAGGUUUGUGUGGCAACAUAUUAUAUUGUGUUUAUUGUUCCUAUACAGGAAACAAGAGCAGCUUUUGAGACUGAAGCUUCAAAAACCAACAGGCCAAGGCUCUUGGUGACCGCAGCUGUUGCUGGUGGCAUCUCUAACAUUCAAGCUGGUUAUGAAAUCCCUCAGCUUUCUCAGUAAGUUCAGUUAAAUCAGCUUUAUUGCCUUAGUGUUAAUAAAUGACUUUGUAGAAAUUUUAAAACACCUGGUGAACAGAGCAAUGGUACUUGUUGUCUAAAUCUAAAUUGAAGUAAUUUACUUUGUGUUUUCCUAUAAAAUGCAGUUAAUAAUAUUGUUAUGCAAUGCAAUAGGGCUCUGGAUUACAUCCAUGUUAUGACCUACGACUUGCAUGGUUCAUGGGAAAAAUACACUGGUGAAAACAGCCCAUUGUACUCUAACCCUUCUAUCACUGAACAGAGCGUUCAGUUGAAUGUUGUAAGUAUCCAUUAGCUUAAAAUACUUCUUGCGAUAUAUAAAAUAAUAUGGGAAUUGAGGUUAUUUAAUGAAAUGAAGAGGAAAGAGACAUGCUUGCUUUCUGUCUGUUCGCUGACAGGUCAUUACAUCUACCUAAAUGGGAUUGGGCUAACCAGGAUGAAUUAAUGGAUAUAUAGCCCCAAAAAUUAAAUUACGAGUAUUUAUAGGUUAUGGUUUGCAUCCAAAGAUUUUUUUAAAAUGCAUCCUGUCAAUGUUAGCUGUAGAAGUAUACUGUAUUAUACUAUAUGUGCUAGGUAUUAAAUCAGUGUGGCAUCAGGUUAAGUCUUAGUGAAUAUAGAGUCUACUGUUUACUCUGCCAUCACAAAUUCUCUCACUGUAGGAAUAUGUCAUAAACUAUUUUGCUGAAAAAUGGGGCACCUGCUUCUAAACUUAUAGUUGGUUUUCCAACCUAUGGACAAACUUUCACCCUAAGCAACCCAUCCAAUAAUGCCAUUGGAGCCCCUGCUUCAGGUGCUGGCUCAGCUGGUUCUUACACUGGGCAAUCUGGAUUUUUGGCAUACUAUGAGGUAUGUUUAAGAUCAAGCAUAUCAUGUUUUAGAACAAAUGCUUUAAAAAUAAUUACAUUUAAAACUUUUAGUUUAAACAUAGCAGCCUCGCUCAUAUAGCUAUCUAUCUACCUUUUUUAUACAUAGAUCUGCACUUUCCUGAACAAUGGAGCUACUAAAGAAUGGUCCUCUGCUGAAGGUGUGCCCUAUGCUUACCGAGGAAAAGAAUGGCUGGGAUACGACAAUGAGAAGAGCUUCACGCAAAAGGUAAUUUUAAGACGUUACAAUUUAAGCUAAAGUAACUCUCCCACAGGAUUCACACUAUUGUUUUUGAUAACAUUUAUUAACAGGCAAAAUGGCUAAUGCAGAAAAACUUGGGUGGUGCUAUGGUUUGGACUAUUGAUCUGGAUGAUUUCACAGGUACAUUCUGUAACCAGAACAAGUCUCCUCUGAUCAACACACUGAAGAGCAUUCUUGGAGUUCAGGCCUGUGGUAAGCUCACUUUUUCAUAUUUAUGCUGGGCACCUUGUAUAAAUUAUCCUUAAAGCUUACAUUCUCUCUCUUUGAAUUGUAAUACAGUAUUUAAUAUAACACCAUCAAUCAUUCCCAAAUAAACAGCAUUUAAAGGAAAAUUAGUUGUUGCAAAUUGUCUUUUUAAAUAUACUAUAGACCUAAAAGGAGCGUAAUAGAACUUGUACUGAAGUAUAUAUUGCUAUAUUUCUCAAUCCAAAGGCUACCUCCAAUAGGUAUAACAACAUUAUCAUUGACCAGAUAACUAGUUCUUCACUGGAUAAGAUAUCUGGAAUAUGUACAGUAUUGAGAUGAAUAUUUCACUAAUUAGUCCACUCCCUGUAAAAUAAUUUGCCAAGUAUACUAAGGAAUAUUAUAUAUACAGAAACAGAAUCUCUGUUAGCAUGUUGUUGAACUUAUACAGACAUGGUACUAUAAUUUGCCCUUUUUUCACAAUUCCACCUGGUUACUGUUCUAUCAUGUUGUCUGACCUCUUUGUUGGCUCUUAUUCCUAAAGAAGAGAGACAAUGCAAAUAGUUUUAAUAUUCUGUUUAUCAGAGUCAACCUACACACUUUUAUGAUAUUCUGUAGUAUGGCAUCCACUAAACCUAUCAUUGGCAGUGAGUGACUACAUUAGUGUUUGUCCCUUGCUGCUGUUGCAUAGAGAAAAUUGUGUCCUACUGGAUUCCUUUCUUGCAUUUGUAGGCUCUUUAAAAGUUUGAUGACCAUAUUUUUCAUCUUGUGUGGACUAUUGGCCACUGCUGGACCACAAAUAACUGGGUUUGCCAUUUGCAAAACCCAUGUAGUUCCAGAGCUCCGAAAGGCUUCUUUUAUUAGAAUUUUUUUUUAAAAAAAUUUACAUCCUAUAUUGAUCAGGCAAUUUACCAGCUGCAUCAGACUGUCUUUUUCAUGCUGAAAAGAUUUUGUGUUAAUCCACUUUUUAACUUGAAUAUCACACGCAUUAAAUGCCCAUGUCCACAUCUUGCAAAUUUAAUCAGAGGAAAGGGUAUAGAUUUGCUUACAGUCUUCCACUGUACAUUUUGUAUUUUUGAGCAAAAUGUUCAUUUAACACAGUCAACUGCUUGGAAAAAAAAAAUUGAAAGUGCUAAAAUUAACAGAACUGAUAUUUAUUAAUAGAUUGUAGAGCAAAUAAAUAUAUAUUUAUAUACUUAUUUUCCUUUUCUGCAGGUCGUAAUAGCCCAACUUCUUCAGUUGCCGCAGCCACCGAAAAACCUGCCAUCCCACCUGCUGCUCCAACCCCUGCCCGGUCCGGUGGCAGUGGGUUCUGUGCUGGCAAAGCAAAUGGACUGUAUCCUGUUGUUGAAAACAAAAAUGCUUUCUGGCAGUGCUCAAAUGGAAUCACCUACCAGCAAAACUGUCCAACUGGUCUUGUCUUUGACCCAAGCUGCCAAUGUUGUAACUGGGCAUGA